CUGAGCUGUCGCUGCCAUACAACUCUUGUUACAGUACUUGUAGACAUUUUGUCGGGUUAGAAAAUUAUGGACGGAAUUAACCUCAGGGAAUGGUACUGCUGAGGUAGUUGAAAAGCCAAAAGACGUCGGCAUCUAAGGCCAAAUCCAUAUAUAUAUUCAGAGGAAGGUGACAGAUAAGCUCCCAUCAUGCCUUUGGUGACGCGAAACAUCGAACCAAGGCACCUCUGUCGCCAGUCACUGCCAAAUACAAUCAAGAGUGAACUGGAGUGUGUGACCAACAUCACACUUGCCAACAUCAUUCGCCAGCUUGGAUCACUUAGCAAGUAUGCAGAGGAUGUGUUCGGCGAACUGUUUGUCCAGGCCAGCUCGUUUGCCGAACGGGUCAACACGCUGGGAGAGAGAGUGGACAAGCUGCAGGUCAAAGUCACCCAGCUGGACCCUAAAGAAGAGGAAGUUUCUCUUCAGGCCAUUACCAGCCGCAAAGCCUUCCACUCCAAUUUCAUCCAGGAUCAGAAGCUCUUCAUUAGGGUGUCACUACCGCAGCCUAUCCAAGAGACCUAUCUGACCUGCAGCCAGCCACCCCCCCUCAACAAUCUGAGCUGUUACAGGGAGGAUGGAAAGGAGGCUCUCAAGUUCUACACUGAUCCGUCUUAUUUCUUUGACCUCUGGAAAGAGAAAAUGCUGCAAGAUACCAAGGACAUUAUGAAAGAGAAACGCAAACAUAAGAAGAAGAAAGAUGACAACCCUAACCGAAGGAACUUGAACCCUCGAAAGAUCAGAACCCGUAAAGAUGAAUGGGAACGCCGGAAAAUGGGGGAGGAGUUUGUGGUCCCCAAAAACGAUAGCUUGGGCAACUCUUCAGAAGUGUUGAACGGCAGUAUUGGCUCUGGUGAUGAUGGAUUUAAUCACUCUGAUGGCUAUUUCGACCAAAGCACUAACUCCUACAUCUAUGAUCCCAGCUCUCCUCUCCCACCUCCAAUGCAAGAGGACUUCCCACCACCACCACCUCCAGACAUGCCGUAUAAUGAUGUGUCUGGUGGUCCUCCUCCGAAGCGUGGCAGUCUUUUAAGCCCCAGCCAUCCUCCUCCAGCUCCACCAGCGAUGCCUUGUUCUCCAGGCCGUCCGACUGUUGCUCCUCCUCUGGCACCGCCACCACCUCCACCUCCCGGUGGCAUGAUCCCACCUCCGCCACCUCUAGGUUUUGAUUCACCCCCCUCUCCUCCUCCAAUCUCCAGCAAUGCUGUUUCCAUCCCACCACCCAUGGAAGCCUAUAGUCUAGCUCCUCCACCGCCACCCAUGGCGGGGGGACCACCUCCUCCUCCCCCUCCACCUCCUCCUCCAGGUCCUCCUCCACCUUCUGCUCCAGCCCCACCUCCCUCAGGAGGAGUCUCUGCUCCCGCCGCACCCAAAGCCCAGCCUGCUCCAGCCGCAACCGAUGCUCGCAGCGACCUUCUUUCAGCUAUCCGUCAAGGUAACAUAACUACAUACAUUUACACUCUUUAAAAGUUUGAUUCAGCCAGAUUAAACCAUUAUAACAUAAUCACAUAAAUUUUAUAGGUGAAAUCCAGUCAUUCCAAUAGGAAUAUGCUCUAGCGUGAGGGCAAAAAAGUUCUCUAAGCAGAUUUCACUCAUGUUCAAAUUGGUCGUGUGAAGUCGCUGUGCAGACCACCAGACAGCUGCUUGGUU